AUAAAAAUAAUAAAAAAUGUCGUUUCAUUGCGGGUACGUCUGAAGUAGUAAUAAAAAGGAGGUUAAGUAUCUAUACAUAAUUAUUAAUACAGCUUUAUAAUUUUAUAUAUUGACACAAAACACUUACAAAGUUAACCGGAGUAGCCUAUAAGGCAAUAAGAUGAUCAAAUGUCUCGUGAGGACGUAGUUUUUACGUCAAUAAAAUCAAAAUUGAUACCAAGAAUAAAUCAAUACAGAGAAAUAAUAAAUGUUGAAAAACUAUUCAAAUUUACGCCGGAGAGUGUUGAUGUUAAUGAGGAUUUAACGUAUCAGGUAACGACAAAUUUACAUCAGUUAACUAGUAAUUAUUAUUAUUAUAAUAAUAAACCAAAGAAAGACUUUAAUAUUAUAAAAUUGUCUGCUGAUGAAGAUACUGUUGACUCUGCGAGAUGGAAUACAUUUGAUCAAGUAGAUUGUCCAGAUCUAUCUCAUAAUUUGUUGAUAAAACAUCAGCAGCAUGCUAGUGGUCGACAGACACCAGUGCAAGAUGAUAUUGAAACAGUGGACGACAUUGAGAAGUGGUUAGAAGCGUGUGCUGACUCUUCUGCAAUACCACCAGCGGAAAUGGAUCCAAUAAAGUGUGGGCAGCUUGAGGGAGUCGACAGGUACCUGGGCGACGAGCUGCCUCACGGGUUCUUGGAAAAGGAUCCCGACACGCUAUCAAUAGACAUCGACUUGUCGGACAAAAAACUCAAUCUGGGUUACGACCCGAUUUUGCAGGAAUUGGAGAGUGAAAAGUUGCUGGAAGUUUGUGAGAAAGACGGUUUUAUAAUGCCGGAGUUCCAGCUUGAUAAGCUGGAUCCCAUGACACUUGCGCCCAAUGACAUGAUGGUCGCUGGUGAAAUACUUCCGUCAACCAGCAUCAAUAAUUCAUCAACGCUUGCUAUCAAUGGACACCAGGAUAUUUAUUCUGGUGACAUUAAAAAGGCUAGUGGUGGAGACACUGAUGACAUUUGCGAUGAAUCAUCUCAAGUUUAUGAUUUACAAAACAAGUUUGAUGAUGACGAUGAGGCUAAUGUUGACAAUAUUGUUAAUAUUAUUAACGAAAGUGAUUUGAACAACUACGAUGAUGGUAAUCAAGAUGACAUUAAUGAUGAUGAUGAUGAUGAUGAUGAUAAUAAUGAAGUAUUUGAUGAAAUCAAUUCCGUGAGUACGGUAUCGAUUGAUGCAGCAGAUACGUCACUUUCUGCUGCUGAUAAUUUGCUGGAAAAAACUAAAGCUGCGAGCAUACUGAUGUCUAAGCGCCACAAAGUACCUGAACAACUGGACGAUGGUAAUGUACAUGACCAGGUUGUAGAACAAGAGCAAGGGGGUCAGAGUAAAAAUAAAGAUGAAAUUAUGGCUGUGGUUGCCAUUUCAACAGACAAACGUUCCAAUAUGACGCAAAUUGUUAUAAAUACUGGCAAAGGCGAACAAAUAUAUCGGGGUAAAACGUCUGAAUUGAUGGAAGCUACUGGUUAUUUUUCGAAAAAUUCAAAUAUUAAAACAGCGUUGACUAAUAUUAAUACGGAAACAAUUAAUAGUUGUACGGAAGUGAACGGAUCGUAUUCGUUGAGUAAUCAAGAAGCUGUUAUAUCAAAAGCACUCGAGGAGCUGGGGUACAGUGAAGAUAAUUUGGUCUCGGUGACACUGCCUGAUAAUGGUAAAAUGUGGAUAUGUCCACGUGAUGAUUGUCACAGAGAAUUUAAUCGUCUGUACGCAUUGAAAGGUCAUAUUUUAGCUCAUUACGGUGUUCGUCCAUUCAAGUGUGAUUAUGAAGGAUGCACAUGGGCUUUUCAUUCAGAAUUCAAAUUAAAGCGCCAUAAAGAAACUCAUUUGAAGCGUAAAGAUUAUGUGUGUCAAGUUGAAGGCUGUAAUAAACGUUUUACGACCGUCUACAAUUUGUGGACACAUGAAAAAUUACACACAAGACCCAAUCGGAUCGCUUGCCAGGUUCCUGAGUGUGAGGAAAAAUUCCAGACCAAGCGAGCGCUGGAGUUACACAUGAAAACACAUGACCAGAGUCACGCGCCUUAUGUGUGCAUGCACGAAGGCUGCGGUAAACGUUACUACAGCAGCAACGCGCUUACAUCUCACCAGCGGUGCCACAGUUACAAGGAAAUAGACAUCAAGUGCUCGUGGCCAGGUUGCGGGAAGAUAUUUGAUAAGCCGUGUCGGCUCAAAGCGCACUUGCGAUCUCAUACUGGAUCCAAACCGUAUCUGUGCACGUUUGCUGGGUGCUCAUGGGCAUUCACGUCAUCCAGUAAACUCAAGAGACAUGAGAAGAAACACACCAAUGAAAGGAAAUUUAUUUGCGAUGUCACAGGAUGCAGCAAAGCUUUCAUGCGCUCGGAACAUUUGAAGGAACACAAACUUACACACUCCGAGGGACGUUAUUUUCAGUGUUACAUUUGCGAAGCGAGCUUUUCAGCUAAGAGUAGUUUGUAUGUACAUAUUAAAAAACAUCAGAAUAAAAUAAUAACAGAGUCUGCUACUGAUAGUAUUCAAUCGCUGGGCACCAGACUGACGUUUACUGAAGGAGAUAAUUUAGAUAACUUUUGUAAUGGAUUGCCAAUGGACUUGGAGUCGGAGAUUGUGAAUAAUAAUCAGCUGCAGGAGUCAUUUAUUGCUGAAAAUCUUGUCAAUUCUACAAGCAGUGGUGCGCUGGUUGAUAAGACGGUUGUUAAUGAAAUAAUAACAGCAAAACCAAAAUUUUCUUGUCCUAUUGAGAAUUGCUCGCGAACUUACAUGAAAAAAGUAUCACUAAAAUCACAUAUUAUUAAAUUUCAUGGGUACUGUAUUGAAGAAAAUGAAUUAAGUCAAUCAUCUGAAACUGACUAUGUUUUGUAUGCUAAUAAUUUGAACAAUACUUUGAAGACAACGCGGUGUAUUAACGUCAAUGGGGAAGGUGAUAUUGAAAUAGUUGAUACAGUAUCAGAAUUAUCGAGUUUACCAGAACCUAAGCCACCACCAAAUGAUAAAUUAUUGAAACAUAUUAAUAAUCGUGCUAAAGAUGUUAGUAAUCAUGGGUCUGCAAGAACUGGACUGACGUAUGCUGACAUUUGGAAAAUAAAAAGUGAAAAAAAUUUAACAUUCAAUGACCCAAUUAUUGGACCGUCUGAUGUCGUACUUGGGACAGCAGAUCUAGCUGAUGGUCUUUUACUGCCAGAUGAAUUACCCUCGAUGUAUUAUCACGAUGACAUGGCUGGUAGUGAGUGUCAAAUUUUAUUACUUGACUCCACUACCACGGACUCAGAGACUACUGCAUACUAAUGGACGUCAUUUUUUAUUGUUAUUACUAUUAAUAUCAACAUUAUUUUUUAAUUUUUUAACUAUUAAAUUAAACAAUCGCGUUGUUAAUGAUAAUCAAUAGGAUUACUAUUGAAGUGAUUGAAACAAAUAAAUAAAAUUAAGUAUUUUUUAUAAAUACUUUGAAUUUUUAUAUUUUAAAAAAUUGCAAUUACUGAUUGUUUAAUAUUGUCUAUGAUAAAUUAUAAAUUAUUGGCGUAUUUAAUUAUAAACUAUAUUGAUUAUCAAUAAGUUUUAAUCCAAAGAAUGUAAAAAAACUAUUUGUAUAUAUAAAUUUUGUAAUUUAAAAAUUAAACUCAGUAAUUGUGAUUUUAAUUUUGUAAGUUAUAUAAAAUUGUUUCAAUCAUUUCAAUAUUUGUAAUUUAAUAUAACAUUAAUUAACUUUGUAAAAUGGCCUGUGAUCAAAAACUUAUAAUAGUACUAAUAAUAAUAUAAUAAUAAUGAUAAUAAUAAUAAUAAUAAUUAUAAUAAUAAUACAUUCAUUUAGCCAACAUUAAUAAUC